UAACUGUCGUUAGCAACCGGGAGCGGACAUGUUGAACCAACCCUUCCUAGAAUAAACAUCGCCUUGUGCGGGGAUUCGGGAGUUUAGGGGACGGCACGCAGCGCUGGGCAAUCAUGGACGCAGUAAACGCCUUUAAUCACGAGUUAUUCUCAUUGAUGGACUCCAAGCCCCCAAUCUCUCGGGCGAAGAUGAUCUCCAUCACAAAGUCGGCUAUCAAAGCUAUGAAACUCUAUAAACACGUGGUACAGAUAGUAGAAAAGUUCAUCAAAAAGUGUAAACCUGAAUACAAGGUAGCUGGCUUGUAUGUUGUGGACUCCAUUGUUCGGCAGUCCAGGCAUCAGUUUGGAUCAGACAAGGACGUGUUUGGCCCAAGGUUCACCAAAAACAUUACAGGAACUUUUGAGAACCUCUGCCUUUGCCCAGUAGAAGACAGGAGUAAGAUUGUGCGGGUGUUGAACCUAUGGCAAAAGAAUGGCGUGUUUAAGAUUGAGGUUAUUCAGCCUCUCCUGGACAUGGCAGCUGGCUCUGGCAGUGCUGCUGCACCCUACACAGGCACUGAUGAGCCAGGUUCUUCCCCACCACAAGCCAAAGAGCCAGUUACCGCGGUAACAGCAAACUCCACCACGACACCUGCUGCUCAGCUGCAAAACUCUGAUGCCUUUGCUGCUGUGGCACAGCUCUUCCAGUCUUCACAGGGUCAGCAGCUUCAACAGAUGCUCCAGAACUUUCAGCAGCAACCACUGAAGCCUGACAUCAACACUCAGCCUCCUCUCCCUACCGUUCAAACACCAGUCCAAACCAUUGCUGGUGGUCCGGGCAUGGGUGCCCCUCAGCCUCCUCUGCCCAGCCAGCCUCCUCCGCCCAGUCAACCCAUCCCGCAGAAAACAGCCUUUGACAAGAAACUUCUGGACCGCUUUGAUUACGAUGAUGAACCAGAAGUCGGAGAAGAAACGAAAAAGGAUGAAAGUUCAUCACAGCCCUCCUUUAUGCAGCAGCCUCCAGCCUUUCUGCAGCACAUCGAGCACUUUAAACCGCAGAUGAUGAACAUGUCACAAGACCUCUCACAACAGGUUCCUCUCCCUCCUAACGGCCAGCUCCAGGCCUAUGGUUUACCAGGACAAGGCUUCCCAGUUAUGAUGCCUCCUAUGGGGCAUGCUCUACCAGGGCAACCCCUCCCUGGUUCUACUGGGCCCCCAGGCUUCCCAGGGAUAUUUCCUCCCCACAAUGCAGCCCAACAACAACAGCAGGAUUUGUCAGUGGAUAUGGACCAUUCAUCUCUGAGAGAUGGCCGGCAUGGUCAACGGUCAAACUCAGGCUCCAGGUCUCCAAAGCGGAGGCGGUCGCGAUCCAACUCACGCACACGGCGAUCCAGACAUAGGCGAUCCCGCUCACGCUCAAGAGACCGGCGUCACCACUCCCCACGGUCCCGCUCGCUAGAGCGAAGGGAAAGAGAAAAAGAGAGAGAGCGACGGCAGAAAGGCCUCCCACCACCCAAGAGCGAAACACUUAGCAUUUGCAGUACAACACUGUGGGUUGGCCAGUUGGAUAAAAGAACACAACAGCAAGAUGUCGCCUGUCUGCUGGAGGAGUUUGGGCAGAUAGAAUCCAUAAAUAUGAUCCCUCCACGUGGCUGUGCCUAUAUUGUCAUGAUUCACCGGCAGGAUGCUUUUAGGGCCCUUCAGAAGCUUAGCAGAGGAACUCACAAAGUCAACCAAAAAACUAUUAAGAUUGCCUGGGCUUUGAACAAAGGCAUAAAGCCUGAGUUUAAACAGUACUGGGAUGUGGAGCUGGGCGUCACCUACAUACCUUGGUCUAAAAUCAGCGAAUCACAGGUGGAGGAGCUAAAAGAAGGAGGAGUACUGGAUGUGGAUACGUUGUCGCCAGAGUGGAUCACAGUGAGGAAGACUCUUGACCUUCCAGAGGAACCAACCCACAACGGCAGGUCAGAGCCACCGCAGCCUGAAGAGACACCAGUCCUACCUGUGACUGCCCCACCGGCUCCUCCUGGGCAGGUCCCUCCAAUGCAGCAGCCAGUUGUCAGUGUGGGUCAUCUCCAGCCUCCUGUCUUUCCGGGUCCUAUAGGCGUGCCUCCGCCUUCCUUCCCCCCUGGGGUUCCACCUCCUCCAUUUAUCAGACCCGGCUUCAACCCUAUGCAGAUACCUCCAGGUUUUCUUCCUCCAGGUUCCGUGCCUCUAGGUCCCCCUCUUCCUUCAAAAGGUGGUGAAGACCCCCCUUUGGACCCAGCAGGUCUUGGUAACAGGAAAACUGACGAGGGGAUGGAGGUUCCCAACAUCUUUAACCAGAUGGGACCUAUAGGUGGACCUAUCGGAUCUCUCCCAGGUGCUCCUCCCGGAAACAUCCAACCCCCCUCUGCUGGUCUACUUGGUGCACGUCCUGGCAUAAUUCCACUCCAGCGUCCUCCUGUUCUUCCGCCUCCACACAUGCAACGUUUUCCUCCACCUCACGGACCAAGACCCCCUCACCCCAACAUGCCCCCUAUGGCCCCUCAGAUGUUGCCCAGAGGACCACACCCUCAAAUGAUGCACCAUGAGCAGCCUCCACCUAAAACAAGCUUUGGGAUGCUUCCCCCUCCUAAUAUUAGGGCUCCUUUCCCACCACAUGGGCAUGGUCCUCCUCCACAAGGCCCUCCUCCACAAGGUCCUCCUCCUCCUUUUAUCAGACCAGGGGUCCCUCGCGGCCUGGAAGGGCCAGAAGAAAUGGACAACAGACCUUUCAGAGGAGAAAGGCCUGGAUUCAGGGAGAGAGAACCGGAGAGGGACAGAGACAGAGAGUGGGAUCGAGACAGGGAUAGAGAGAGGGACCGAGGCUUUGGAGGGGGGAGGCGUCCAUUUGGUGAUGGAGGGAGAGGAGUGGGUGGGGACAGAAUGGAUGGGAGGGACAGGCUCGGAGGCUGGCAAGAAGACGGAGGGGAUCACCGAGGAGGAGGAGGAUGGGAGCGGGACAGAGACAGAGACCGGGACAGAGAUCGGGACAGAGACCGCAACCGGGACAGAGACAGGCGGGACUGGAGGGAGAGGAGAAGCAGCCUGGACAGCGACAGGGACCGAGAACGAGGGAGAGGUGACAACGGGGAGAGGGAGCGAGGGAGAGGGGAGGGAGGAGAGAGGGGAAGGGCUGAAGGAGGGAGUCGAGAGAGGGGGAGAGGAGCUGAAGGAAAAGAAGGGGACAGGCCGAGGCGGUCAGAGCGGCGGGAACGGACCACACGGUGGGACAGCGAUGAUCGAUUGGCAAAACUGGAAAACAUGGACAGAUUUAGAACCUCUAACAGCACAGAGCAACCUUGUUUGACUCUUUUAGCUACUGUGGAUAAAGAAGCUCCUGAAAAGAAAGCUGAGUCAGAACAUUUAGCCCCUCCUUCAGAGGCAACUUCCUCUGCAGAGGAGCAAAAGCCUUCUGAGCCUUCACCUUCAGCUAAAAAUGAGCCUACAGAAACAAAAGACGAAGCAGCAUCCUAGAGGCUGUUUACACCUUGCAUUAACAUCCAUCCUUGGUGAUCUUAUAACAAGUUAGUUUUGGUGUUCACUCUUGCAUCAACAAUGCAUUUUCAUUGAUUUCUUCAGAUCAGAAUACAUUUCCCAGCCAUACGUGCAAAUAGUCGCAUGCUUUUCUAAGAAAGACUGAAGGCUUCAUGGCAGGGGGCAGCAGGGUUCCUCCAGUUUUGGUUGUCAUCCGUAAGGCUGCCCAGGAUGUAUUUACACCACCAAACCAGUGUGUUUGAAGAUCUCUGAGAUCACCUCUGUGCAUGGUCUGAGCAGCCAGAUCUCAGUCUUGGGCUAACCACUUGCUAUCCAAUCACACAAGAUGAAUUUUACUGCAAGGUAUAAACAGGGUCAUAGAUGGGCUCACUUUUCCUUCAGCUAGAGACUGGUGUGAACCACUGAAAUAUAAAGAAAUUUGUUUUUUUACUUUUUAAAACCAGCCAACCAUUUAUUGACUGUUUACAGGCAGUUAACACCUUUCUUUGAAUCAUCCUUCUCCCACACAUGUUGCAUACACAUCCAUAUACUUUGUGUCUUUUAAGACUCAUGCUGCAGGCCUGAGCAGAGUGUGUCAGUUGCAAAUAUUUUUGUUUUGGCUUGCAUGUUAUUAGAUUAGAGCAGCCACACAUUAACAACUCAGGUGCUGCUCAUGCACUGCCACACCACCCAGAACAACUAAAGACAAGUAGACUAGCCUCAGUUCUCAACAAAAAUAAAAAACACUGAAAAUGAUCCAUCAAGGGUCUCAUUGACAAAAUGAAUGCAUUUUUUAAAUUUGUAGUCAAAGCUGCACCUGUCUUUUUAUAUUUUUGUCUUCACUGAAAAUAGAUUGCUUUAAUAUAGAGAGUUUGGAAACAAAUUCAAACAUUCAGUUGUAAAGGUUAUUAGAAAAAAAAAGAAAAAAGGGUAGAGACAGGCAGCAGCAGCACCGCCUGAUGCCAUCCUGUGUGGCCAUGGAACAAUACAAGAGGCAGCCGUCCAGAGAGGCAGCCGUCACGCGCUGGUCAGAUGCUUUGUGUAUCCCUGGCAUAAUAGGCUUAUAGCCAUCAAAUUUGGCUUUGCAUCUGUGUCCUAAAACACAUGACCACUUGGUAUUCUACACCUAAAAAUUGGCUGUCAACUCCAGUUUUUCUCCUUCCUGCAGGUUCUGAACAUAAAUGAAGUUCUUGCAUGUUAACUUAGCUCUGUCCAUUGAGAUUUACUUGAGCUUAGCUUUUAAGAUUUUUACUUUGUUGUCUUGAAACAGAGAACAAGCAAUUCCUUCUUUUACUUCCAACCUCAUGGUGUGAUAGUGGCACUCCUAGACAAGUUAUUUGUUUUGAUUUUUAUUUUAUUUAAAAUUGCCAAAAUGUCUGUAAAACACUGAAUGAUUUCUCAGAGAACUUGUUAAUAACAAGGCAUGAUUUGUUUUACUCAAAAAUUUUAAUUUCACCUUUUGUCUCACAUGUGCUCCAAAUUGUAGUAUCCUAGCCAAUCAUGGUAACAUUUCAUUAGUGCAAAGAUGGGUCUAAGAUGUGAAGAUGAGUUUUUAGUAUCAAGGGUGUUCUAGCCACUGUUUGUAGUCUAAGUUGUAUGUACCGAUUACACUUGAACAAGCCUUGGUUGGGUGAAAAAAAGUCCAUGGUAAAGAGCCAAAGAGACACUACUCAUUGGCCUUACAGCAAUUACAGGCCCCCUCCUUUACCAUUUUUCACCAGUUUAGCUCCUUUUUAAAAUUUCAUCUACCUUAUAUUUUUCAGAGAUAUUGUGUCUCAACUCCAGCUCUGUUGUCAACACUUGUCCCACAUUUUAUGUCAUAAAUAGUGAGAAGUAGUGUCCAUAUUCUUACAGAAUAUUGAUGCAGUAACAGAUUAAUCUUUGAAAUACACGUAUACUGGUCAAUACCCAAUGUCCUUAAAAACUCCACUCUUGAUUCAUUUUUUAUUCAGCUUUUAACACAGGAACUUCAACACAGAGGAUUUUUUUCCCUUUAUAUGAAUAUGUCUGGGUAGUUCUAAUUUAGUGAUAACAGGAAUUUGUGAUGAAAACAGUAUCACUUUAGUCACUACUUCUGUUUGGGGAGUGCUUCACACUCUGAUGAUACUGUGCUCAUAUUAAUGUCACUAAUGCAGUUUUAUUUGUAUGUUUUUCUCUUUUUGGUGGCAAAAAUAUUGGACAAAAACAAAUAAUUUGGAAGCGCAAAAUUUGAAACUGGCUUUUAUUUCCUGAACAGAUUUCAUAACCUAUGGUUGUUAUUUUAGAAAAAGAAAUCUCAAUAUAACAUGCAUGAAGGAAGGAUGCAACUGAAGUGCGUUGUGGUAAAACCUCCUUUAAAAACAAUAAAAGAUACGUAUCUAAUUAUAUAAAUGAGGCUGGUAAGUUUGACUAAUUUUGACAGAUUUUGAAAUGCAACACAUUUGAAGAACAGCUUAGGACAACAGGACAUUUUAAUUAUUAAGCAUUUUUGCGGUAAAUGUUGCAUCAUUUUCUGAAUGUGUAUAUAUUUUUUGUCUUUCUUUACAGAAAUACAGUAGAACCUUUUCUAGAUCUGUCAGCGAAAUGCCCAGCUCAUGAUGAUCAAUGAAUACGGUACACGUAAAAGACUGAUAAGUUCAGGUGUCUCUUGAAUCACACCAAAAAUUAAUUUGUGUCCACAUGCACAUCAUUGAAAAACCUUUUAAAUUUAUUUUAGUGACAUGAAAAACGACCCCUUGGCUGAUAUUGUGAAGUCUUCAAUGAACAGAUUUUGAACUUGUCCAUUUUACUGAAGAUGUACUGUAUCUGACAAUGGUGUUCUACAAGUCCAACUAUUUCAUUUUUUUUUAAGAACUCAUAAACUCAACCAUUAAGGCAGCGAGGGCAAAUCCCAAGAAAUGAAAUGAGGAGUGUUGCUUUGGAAAUACUGCUGUAAAUAUGCUUUCAAAGCUGACUAUUUGAGAGGUGUAAUGGUAGUUGUUGUUUAUAAUCUGUGAUUUGUUUAUUGAAAAGAAACACAUUGACUUGUAAGGAAACGCAGAUGCCCUUUGCUUUAACGGUUUUUUAAAACUCCCUAAGGUUUGAAAGUUGGCAAAUGUUUCUAUGGUUUGUUAAAAAUACAAAAGACAUGGACAUAAUAUCUUCAGUAUCUCAGCCAUAGGAAACUGAUUUUAAUAAACUAUUUUUGUACCAAAUCAUUCACAUUU